AUGAACAGCUUUGCAUGCCUUCAAAGCUCCCGUCGAGCCCUGUAUAGGGUCUUCGUUCAACAUGAAGCUCUCCUCACACGACAGUUCCAACCUUCACGCGCCGUACCUAUACAGAAUCGCUUCUUCUCCGCAUCACAAUCGAAAGCCCGUAAAUCAAAGCAACGACAAGAAGAAGUUGAAGUAGACCCUUUCGACAAUGAGGAUCAAGACCGAACUUUCGAUCGACGAUACACUACGAAAGAGGAGUUUGAAAAGUCUGGUCGCGAUCGUCUCCCUCAAGAUUUCGAAAUCAAGGACCCAAAGAUCAUGGUUCUCGAUAAUGGUGUCUUUGAUGGACCUCUUCUCACAAAACACGUUUUGAACCGACUGCCCGAGACAGAAUCACUUCGUAUGGUGACACCCUACAUCCCAGCCGAUCCAAAGAACGACAAGCCAACUCAGUAUGCUGUUUGCAAGAUUGUCAACAAGAGAGAUGAAUAUGAGCGUCAGCGUGAAUUAAAUCUGCGCCGCCGUUUAUCCAAACAGACAACAUCAAAGACCAAAGAAGUCGAGAUGAGCUGGGCCAUCAGCGAGCAUGACUUAGGGGUCAAGACAAAGCAGCUGGUUGGGUUCCUCAGCAAGGGUAUGAAGGUGGAGCUCAUUCUCGGAUUCAAGAAGAAGGGACAGAAGAAACGAACAUCCGAUGAUACCGCAGAGGAAGUCUACACCAAGGUGAAGAAGCUUGUUGAGGAACUAGGCUCGAGAGAGUACAAGCCUAGAGAUGGAGAGGUUGGAAAGACGAUGAGGAUUUACCUCGAGGGAAUCAUAAAACAAACUCCUGCAAAGCCAGAAGCGAAAGAGGAAUCACAAGAGGCAGAUGCUCAAAAGGACGUGUAA